AUGGAUCUCAGUACUGACUCCGGGACACUCCCCCCCCACACCACUGUAAGAGGACCGAUGUUGGGGCAGGAACUGUCCCUGUCUAAUGCUCGCUGUCAGACAGAAAGUGGAGGCACCAUCUCACUACAUUUGUUGGGGUUUAAAACCCAUCUACUUGAAGCUGUGGAGGAGCUGCAUAUUCGGAGGGAUGCAGAGACUCGCUUCGAGGAUCAGAUCAGUAAACUGGUGCUGGAGAAGCAAGAGCUGGAGUGGGAGAAGGAAUCCCUACAACGUCAGAUUGAAACAGUGGCCAACCAACACACUGAGUCAAUCCUCAAUGUGAAGAAAAAGCUUCAGGCCAAAAUCAGAAACACAGUGGAGGAGAAGGGUAAAUACCAGGUCAGUGCUGAGAUAAAAGACAAGGAGAUUAACAACCUGAAGGACGAGCUGAAGACGCUACAGUUACUGAAGUACAACUUGGAGAAGAAAUCCAGUGAACUGGAGGUGAAACUAGCCCUGCAGACCCGGUCAAAGGACAGCCACCUGAACCAGCUGGGAGAGGUGGAGAAGCGUUUCAGUGCCCUGUCCAGGCAGUGUGCCGUGGUCAAGCAGGCCCACGAGAAACUGGAGCAAAAUGUUGAUGAGGCAAUGAAAAUAAAUAAGAAAAUGACAACUGCAUGUGAAAAACAAGAGGCAACCAUUGUGUCACUAAAAAAGGAGGUGGAGGAGGUUAGUAACAAGCUGAUCAAGGCCAAGAUGUCUUCAGUGAGACAUGACCAGGCCCAAAGUCCUACAGGCAGAGAGCAGCAUUUCCAGCAGCUGCACCAGAAACUCAACAUGGAAACUGAAAUGAACAAGAAACUAAGAGAGGAAAAUGAAGCUGUGAGAGCAGAAAAGCAGGAAGUGAUGAGGGCUAUGCAGCAUGCCCAGCAGCUGCUGCUGUGUCAGACGCAGACAGUCAGCAGAGUCGAUCUGGAGAUGAAGACACAGAGAGAGCAGCAGCAGGCCCUUAAGCAGGAGCACCGGGCGAUGCGGGAGAAAAGCAAGGCCCUGGAAGACAAGGUGGCCCGACUGAUGGAGAGCUACAUGGCUUCACAGAACAGCUGGGACAAAGAGAAGGCCAUAUUUCUGGGUCGCAUCAGGAGUGAGCAGCAGGAACUUCAAGCUGUGAAAGAGGCUAACGACGAGCUUCAUCAGAAAAACACUGAACUGUCCUCACAGGCUUCAGUGCAGGCUCAGCAUAGAGAGGAAUUGGAGAUGAGAGACAUCAGUCCGAGCCACAGUGAUUCUACAGAGGUCUUCUCCACUUUAGUGAAGGGAAUCAGAGGAGAGGAAACUCUUAAUGAACCGAUCUCUAGCGCAGAGCUUAGCUCUGGCAGCGUGCAGCACUUGGCCUCCACUCAGACCAGAUACCCAGACUGUCUGGAGGACAGUGGAGCUGCGACAGAGAUAGUCACCACUGGAGCAACUGGAGUAGUUGCUGUAUCAAGCCCUGUCCACAGGUCUAUUGAUGUUUCUGUGGACUCGCAGAUUGAAGAGGGGGAAAGAAACGAGGAAGAGCAGUGUAAUAGAGAAGAAGUCCAAGGAGAAAAGAGAGGAACGCUCAUGGCCCAAACAACAGAUAGAGCCGACGGAAGAGAAGAUAGCCUGUUCUCAACAGAAGAUGCAGGGGACCCCAAACAGCCUGAAACAGAAACAAAAGAUAUAGCAGAGGGAGAAGAGACAUGUGGAGCAGAGGAGAGAGGAAAGACAGGGCUGCACACAGCAGAAACUCAGAUACGGGUCCAGGCGACUACUGAUACGACUAUCGAGAAGAGCAACACACAGCAGGUUGUUGACUCCAUGGACGCUGAGCCACCUCUGACUGACUGUGAGACCUCAGACUGCUCUCACAGUCUUCCUCAGACAGUCAGUGAGAAGGAUGCUGACUGCAGCCAUGUGAAGAAAGAAUAUGAGACUAGGAAAGAAGGACAUUUGGUCUGUUCUGAUGAGCACCAAAGUCUCGAUCUUGAGACAAACGUAAAUCAACAAGUGCAACGUCUCGGUCAUGAUGAGGUCCAGACCUUUGCUGAGUCACUCGCUCAUCCGUCAAGUCCCAAUCCAGUUUUUGAGAAAAAAACGGAAGAGAAAAUAUCUGAGAUAUCAUCAGCCAAUAAACCCACUGAUCUUUCUGUACCAUUAGCUGCUCAGUUGGAUGGUACUGUCAGUAUUCAAGACUCGGAGCAAGCUACAACACAAGCGAGUAAACCUUCUGACAUCACUAGAAACAUGAAGCUAACAGAUGAAAUUGGUGAUACACCUGUGAGGGAAGAAUGUGUGUUGGUGACAACAGAGGUUGAACAACAAGCAUUACCUCAAAGUCAGGACACCCCAGAGCAGAAUGUACAGCUGAAGUCUCCUGUAGCCAAUGGUGAUGAUGAUGGUGAUUCAAAUGCAUGUAAAAAGAAGGAAGACCAGUCAAAUGCUGAGACACUUGAUAACAUUGAGGCUCCCCAGGAUCCUCUGGAAACAUCUAAUUUGAAGGACGCCUGUGCUGAUAUCACAAUGGAAACUGUUGACCUUGAAUCUCAGGUUGAGACUCUUGGUUGUCGGGAGCAACUGAAAAAUGACAAAAUAGAAGAUGCAGGAGAUGCCAAGAUGACUACAAGUAAAACUGAUUUGAAGCUGUUCGUCCAUCAAAGUCAUGGAAGUAAUGCAUUGCCGGGCAAUAGCAGCAUAAAUGUUAAUGAAAUGCUGCAUGAGGGUACUUCAGAGUUGUCUCUGCCCAGCAAUAGGACUUACAGGUCGUCCUUGGAUUGGGCCGGUGCUAAGAGAAAAAAUUCAGAAGCCUCCACCUUACAUCCGUCUGCUCAGGUCAAACGAGCUGUCCAUACUGCUGCAGGAUUGUUGUCCUGUCAGACAGAAGAUACAUCCUGCAUAGGUGCUGAUGAUGCAAGUGAUGAUUCCCAGGUACUGGAGGCACACACAACUAAACGUGGGCAGUCAGUGACUGUGGCCACACAGACGGAACCACUGGAACCAUGCCCGUGUAAAACUGUGACUUUGGUGAGUGUGCAGACUGGGACCGAUGACAUCAACAACAGUCAGUUGCUCAGUCAUGAUCAUCCAUAUUGCGUCAGCAGGGACAUUGCUGGUGGAUCCGCCACACUGGCACCUGCAGAUGCAAUGGCCAAAGCACCACCGAGUCCAACACCUGAUGUGUCAAUGCCUGAAGAAGAUGCUUCCAGCUCUGGGGAGAGCAUUCCAGGGACUGAGCCUUCUUCGUCGGACUACAGCCCUACUGAAGAUGACAUUAUACAGAAUGACAGCGAAGACAGCGAGGAUGAUGGAGAACAUUCAGUGGAUGGCGGAGAAGAUCCAGUGUCAGACAAAAAAUAUCUGGUAUCCCAUGCACAACUGAUGAAGCUGUUUUGUGUAUGCAACUUUGCCGGAUGCGGAAAAUGUGUGAUCAGCAGGCCGUACUGUUCAGCCAAAGGCUUUGGACUGACAGUGAAAACUGACUGCAUAGAUGACCAUGAGUUUGUGUGGACUUCUCAACCCCUCUUAAAUGGCACAAUGUCCUGCAACCUGUUAGUGCCAGCCGCGAUUUUCCUGACUGGAAAUGCUUAUGGCCCAUUUUCUGAGAUAUGCCAGUGUCUGGGCCUGGAAUCACUCUCGACAAGACACUGCUAUAACAUCCAGAGAGUGUAUGUGCUGCCGGAAGUUACCAGUGUCUGGAACUUGCACAAUGAGGCAGUGAUGGCAGCAACUGGCGAUCAGGUUGUCACUAUGUCAGGGGAUGGGCGAUGUGACAGCCCUGGUCAUUGUGCUACGUUUGGAACGUACACCAUGCUUGAUAUCAACUCAAGGCUCAUCAUUGCCCAGCAGACAGUGAAGGAUCACAAUGUGACAAUUUCCAUACUAGCCACAGACUGCCACCCUGCAGUGCAGAAGAUGCUACGUGAGGACCACAAGACCAUCAAGCAUGAGUUUGACUUGUGGCACAUUGUGAAAGGUGUGAAGAAGCGGAUGCUGCAGAGCAGGAAUACCGAGCUGAAGGAGUGGGUGCGCAUGGUAUCCAACCAUCUUUGGUACUGUGUGUGUACAUGUGAUGGUGACGCGUUACUGCUGAAGGAGAAAUGGACGUCCAUCCUCCAUCAUAUCAUCAAUGUUCACGAGUGGCUGUCGGCAGAGAAGAUGCUUAAGUGUGAACACGAGCCUUAUUCUGAAGAGGAUGGGAGUUCCCGACCUUGGUUGGAGCGUUCAUCCAAGGCCUUUGGCACUCUACAGAAAGUGGUCAUGGACAAGAGACUGUUGAAAAACCUAGAUAUGGUUACAGAAGGGAUCCAUACUGGCGAGCUGGAGAGCAUCCAUUCUUUGUAUACAAAGUACGUUCCAAAGCGCAAGAAGUUCACGGAGGAGAGCUUUCAGGCACGCCUCGCUGCAUUGGAUCACAACCACAACAUCGACCGUGAGCAGGUACAGACCAAGAAGGGGGCACUGCAGUUCAAACUGCAGUACUCGAAGCCUGCUGGAGGAUAUGUGGGAUCUCCUAUGUCUGAGCAGAAUACAAGUGAUUCCAGUGGACUCAGACACUGCACCAUACCCUUGUUUCUCAAAAGCAAGCGCACCAAAGUCCCCUUGGUGAUUAGCAGGGCGUCGGAUCUGUUGAAUGCCUCCAGUGUCUCUGGGACUGCAGCGUCCACACAGAGACAACAGCAGGGAGAGCGGAAAGAUUCGGGAGAGACCUGCAAAGAGACGGCAAACAUGGGGAGCAGAGCUUCUCUGUCCACUACUUCAUUUCCAGUCAACACAGCAGUCAGCAGACUGUCAUGGCAGAACACCCCAGGGUGUAGCAGAGCUCCCACUUCAGCUGCAGGUCCCAGCACAGACGGGGACCUGUCCUGCUCCCAGGAAAGGGAAGACCAACAGGCAUCGUUCAGAACCCAGAUCUUCAAAAUCGAACAGUUCCUCAACACAGAGAGGCUUCGUCUGCCCAAAAGACGGAAAACUGACAACUAA